ACCCGGCCGCAGAAUUCCGAAUCCCCCCAAUCAACAGGAAGAGGGUGUACAUGGCCAUUACAGCGAAAUCAGCUACCUUCGUUCACUUCCAACACAACAAACCCCAUUCCCUCUUCCGUUUCGAUUCUCGAAGCUCUGUUCCCUUUUCUCUUAAAUCAUCUUUCAGUCCUCCAAUGGCAACUUUCUCCGUCGCUUCGUCGACUCUCGGACUGUCUGAGACCUUCACCAAAUUGAAACGAGAAGGAAAAGUAGCAUUCAUACCAUAUAUAACAGCCGGUGAUCCUGACCUAUCAACAACAGCAGAAGCAUUGAAGGUGCUCGACUCUUGUGGAUCAGAUAUAAUUGAAUUGGGCGUUCCAUACUCUGAUCCCUUAGCCGAUGGACCAGUUAUCCAGGCUGCAGCCACUCGAUCACUGGCAAGAGGAACCAAUUUUGAUUCAAUUCUCAAAAUGUUGAACGAGGUGGUGCCAAAGUUAUCCUGUCCAAUUGCUUUGUUCACUUAUUACAACCCGAUUCUUAAGCGUGGAGUGGAAGAGUUCAUGAUUACUGUUAAAGAAGUUGGUGUACAUGGACUCGUUGUGCCAGAUGUCCCUCUGGAGGAAACCGCAAUUUUAAGACGAGAAGCUUCCAAGCAUAAGAUUGAGUUGGUACUAUUAACAACCCCCACUACUCCUAGAGAUCGGAUGAAAGCAAUCGUUGAAGUCACAGAGGGAUUUCUGUACCUUGUGAGUUCUAUUGGAGUAACAGGGGCUCGUGCUUCAGUAAGUGCAAAGGUUCAAUCUCUCUUGCAGGAAAUCAAAGCGGAAUCAAGCAAGCCUGUGGCUGUUGGAUUUGGGAUUUCAACACCUGAGCAUGUGAAACAAGUGGCUGGAUGGGGAGCUGAUGGUGUGAUAGUGGGUAGUGCCAUGGUGAAGAUAUUAGGUGAUGCAAAAUCCCCUGAGGAAGGACUUAAAGAACUAGAAAAGUUCACAAAAUCUCUCAAAUCCGCAUUGCUUUGAUAACUGUGGAUGGGUGUUUCUUCAUUCCUGUGAUGAUUUUUGAGAGGAUUUUGGUUUGUACAAUUUCUGUGUUUGAAUUUAUCCAGACAUCAGCAUUACAAAUUUUGGUAUAAAUACUAAGUAGUAAUGCAUUGUUAUUAUUAGACAA